UCAAUUGCAAAUUUUAUUUGUAAUUUCUAUCCAAUCUCUUAAAACACUUUUUGUGUCAUUCCUUUUUUGCAAUUGUUGUGAAAUCUUAGCUUUCUUCACCGACUUCUUCUUUGGCGAUUUUCUUAUCAAUUUUUUUAUGUUGGUUGAGGGGUUUGAAGUUAUAUGCACACAAAUGAAGCUACUCUUCCAGAAUUUGUUAUUCUUUCCUUCAUUUUUUGUAGUGAAUUUCUCGGCGUCUUGAAAUUUGACCUGAGAGGGCUUUCUCAAUCGUCUUAAUUUAUAAUGAGAUACUUCCAUUAAUUGCAUGGAUAAUUUUCUUAUAAAGGUAUAAUUUUUCCACCCUGUUAUGCAUUAAUUACUGAGCGCAGAAGUUGAUUGUCGCAGUUGAUCGUGAAUUGAAGCGGCCGAGCCUAUUUUUAUCAGGGUCUGCGGUCUCUGUUAAGAUACAAUGAACAAUCAAUAUGGAGAAGAUCAAGAUCAAGUGAGUGUUGCUGGAUUUGAUGUUCCUAACUCGCCAGAAGCAAGUUACAAUAAUGUCUACCCUGGAAGUGACGAUGAUGGGAGAGAACCACCUACGCUACCCCCUCACCUGCAACACACCUUGCUAAACUAUAAAAGGAAUAGUGAUCCUUGUGGACCAUCCCUCCCAUCUCCACAGAAUGUCAAUUUAAAUCAUCUGUACAUUGAGAACAGAGAACCUCCAAGAUCGGUGGUGGCGCUUGGUGUUUCGCAUCGCUUUCGUUCAAAAUUUGUCACUGUUGUGCUCUAUAAACCUGUUCCAAGAAGGUGAAAAGGUGACAGGUAAUUUGUGUAAAGACUACUCGUUAUGUUGGCCGUUUAUGUAUCUGUGUUGAUUAUAGCGUGCUGUAGAAAACUAGCCAAAUCCGAAUUUUAUCCGUAGAAGGUGCUUAUUUAUGCCUGCUAUGUCGAGAUUCCUAUGUGUUCCAUACCUAUAUUUGAUUACAAAUGACAGAAAUCCUAGAGUUAUGAAGUGAGUUGUCUAGUGCAUGCUUAAACUUUGCUGUAACUUUCUGGGUUGUGUUUUUUCAUUACAUUGUAUAUAGAGAUCUUAAAUGUUGAUAAGUUAAAAGUUUGGUCCGUUUCAA